UAUCCUCUCAGAAAGAUAAACCCCUUGUGUAUGGAUUCAGAGCCAGAGAAAACCCCCCUCUUCUCCACUGAAAGUUUCCAUCUUUGAUUGUUUUUCUUCAUUACUUUCAUCAUCCAGUGGUACAUUGAUGCUUGUUAAUGGAGGCAGCUGCAAGCAAAUUGCUUUCUUCAUCUUUAUCUUUGCCCCCAAGAACUCAACUUAAGCAAUCUCCCCAUCCUCCUUCAGCUCUAAAGUUAUAUGAGCCAACGGCUCCUGCACAUUCUUCUAUGCUUGCGACGUCUUUAGCUCAACAUUUCCCUACUUCUGUGCUAAUUCAAGAACAACGUCCCGAAAGCAGGCCGUUAUUGCAGACAAUAAAAGAUGACAAAACAUCGCAGGCGAUAAUAGAUAGCAGGCAGUUAGGAGCAUGUGAAGUGGACGCUAUAAGUUCCGAUCGAUACCUUAAAGAAUUCCAAUCCCAACUGCUACAGUGGCCUGGUUUAUGGUUACCUUCCUCGGAGAAAAGAGAAAACACACUUUCCUCUUCGGUCACGCAGCCUGUUCCAAACGGGACUGAAACAAAUAUAAAUAUCGAAAUGGAGAAAGUAAUUGCUCUUGCUAAACAGGCUCUAUCAGCUUCGAAAGAAGCAGCUUCACUAGUGGAUAAUGACGAAUCAUUUAAGGUUGACGUUGAUAACUCUAAAGUCAACUCCACUUUGAGCUUAGGAUCUACAAGUUCAGCUGAACUACAAACCAAAAAGGUCAAAUUUGUAAAGUCAACACGUCUCCUAGAAAGACAAUCUAAGAGACGGAAAGGGUCAAAGUCAAACGUUAUUGUUCGUGAGAGUACCUCUUCUACGAAAACAGAUCUGCCCGAGAAGAAAACAUCGUAUAAAGAUGCGAAUCUACACGAUCCUCUUAGAACGUUCUUAGCACGUCCAGUAACAAGAGAGCUUUUGAAUUCGAAAGAAGAACUUGAACUCAUUGCCCAUAUAAAGUGUGGGAUGAAGUUAGAAGAAGUCAGGUGUCGGUUACAUACUCAAUAUGGUCGUGAACCAACACUGGUCGAAUGGGCUGAAGCUGCGAGUCUUAAUUGCCAAGAUUUGAAAAGUCAAGUUCACCUUGGUAAUAGUAGCCGGGAGAAACUAAUAUGUGCGAAUUUACGUAUGGUUGUUUAUAUAGCAAAGCAGUAUAGGGGACGUGGACUUGACCUUCAGGACCUUUUACAGGAGGGGAGUAUGGGCCUCAUGCGGAGUGUACAAAAGUUUAAACCUCAAGCUGGUUGUCGAUUUGCUACAUACGCUUAUUGGUGGAUACGACAGUCAAUCAGACGAGCGAUAUUUCAAAAUUCCAAACUUAUCCGUUUGCCAGAGGGUGUAUAUACUAUGAUGUACAAGGUUAGUGAAGCAAAGAGAUUGAUCAUACGCGAAGGAAAUCACGAGCCGACACAAAAACAAAUUGCGGAUCAAGCUGGAAUGACUGUCGAGAAGCUGCAAAAGUUGAAGUCGAUACAAAAGAUAACACUGUCUUUGCAAAAACCCAUUUGGGCCAACGAUAGUACUACAUAUGAGGAAAUCACUCCGGAUACUACAAUGGAUAGUCCGGAUGAUUGUGCAUCGAAGCAACUAAUGAGGAACCAUAUCAACAACCUUCUUGGGGUUCUGAAUCAGAAAGAACGGAAAGUAAUAAGAUUGCGGUAUGGAAUAGGAUGUGAGGUCCGGAAAUCGUUAGCUGAUAUAGGAAUCAUGAUGGGGGUGACAAAAGAACGGAUUAGACAAGUGGAAAGCCGGGCUUUGUUUAAACUGAAGCAGUAUUCUGAAAGCCAAGGACUUGACGCUUAUAAGGAUUUGCUGAUUUGAUCUUUUGUAUCCUACAGAUAGUUAAACCAUAUAUGCUUUUGAUCCAAUACCAACAAAGGAAUUGUACUUGAAUGUAAGUUGUUCAGCGGCGAAUUGAACUUCAAGGUACGAAUCUUCAAUCGCACCAGAAAACGAACCCUUUUGAAUGUAUGUAACCGAACUUUUCAUACUUUUGUGUAACAAGAAGUUGGUCUUGGUUGAAUCAAACUCUUCCUCUCCAUGAAUAUAAUGUUUGAUUAGUAUGUUGUUAUUUUGUAUAAUUUACAAUCUUGAUAUUUAAUUAUUUAUAGAUCAUGGAUAAUUCA